ACAAGUUACUUCGUUGGCGAAAAAAAGAAAAAAGAAUAGACAUCCAUAUCCAUUUUGAAGCCUGCUGAUUGUUUGUUUUCUCUCUUGUAUGCUGCAGGGAUGGGAGUUUCAAAACUAAGCCCUGCGAUUUCUUAUAUUUCGUUUAUAGCCCUAUAUUUUUCUUUCUACACAGUAGCAUCAACUUCUUCAAACUCCUUACAAGAUGACUUCAUCAAUUGUCUCCACCAAAACACAAAUGUCGAUUUUCCACUCGAGAAAACAUUCUUCACUCCUCAAAGUAAUGCUUCGCUCUUCAUUGAAGUCCUUAAAUCUACGGCUCAAAAUCAACGAUACUUGACCAAAUCAAUGCCUAAACCGGAAUUCAUAUUCAAACCGGUCCACGAGUCUCACGUCCAAGCUUCCAUCAUAUGUUCAAAGAAACUGGGAAUUCAUCACCGCGUUAGAAGCGGCGGUCACGAUUAUGAAGGCUUGUCCUAUGUUUCACAUAUAGAAACACCGUUUAUAAUUAUUGAUCUGUCGAAACUGAGACAGAUUAAUGUUGAUAUUGAAGACAAUAGUGUUUGGGUUCAAGCUGGUGCUACAGUUGGUGAGCUUUACUACAGAAUUUCAGAGAAGAGCAAGAUUCAUGGAUGCCCUGCUGGUAUAUACCCGAACUUAGGCAUUGGUGGGCAUAUAACAGGCGGUGCAUACGGUUCCUUGAUGAGAAAGUAUGGUCUUGCUGCUGAUAACGUUCUAGACGCAAAGAUUGUUGACGCUAACGGCAAGUUACUCGACAGAACCGCGAUGGGAGAGGAUAUGUUUUGGGCUAUUAGAGGAGGCGCUGGAGGGAGUUUCGGAAUAAUUUUGUCAUGGAAGAUCAAUCUUGUUCCAGUUCCUCAAACCCUAACUGUCUUCACGGUCACCAAAACACUAGACCAAGACGCAGGAUUCAAGAUUCUUUCAAAGUGGCAACAAGUUGCGGACAAGCUCGUUGAAGAACUCUUCUUACGCGUGUUCUUCACCAUAGCUGGAAACAAUGAAAACAAAACUGUGGCCAUGUCAUACAUAGGUCAGUUUCUUGGCGAUAAAGGCAACUUGAUGGAGGUAAUGAACAAGGGUUUUCCAGAACUAGGGCUAAGUAUGAAGGAUUGUAUAGAAAUGAACUGGAUCGAAUCCAUCAUGUACAGCUCUGGAUUCUCAACUACCACUCCUCCUCCUCCUGAGGUUUUGCUUCAAGCAAAGUCACCUAUUGGAGAAGUUUACUUCAAAGCGAAAUCAGAUUUUGCCAAAGAACCUAUUCCUAUUUUAGGUCUUAAAGGGAUGAUCAAGAAGUUUCUUGAAGAAAACGCUGCGUUGAUGAUAUGGACUCCUUACGGUGGGAUGAUGGAUAAAAUCCCUGAAUCUGAGAUCCCGUUUCCGCAUAGAAGCGGAACCAGCUUCAUGAUUCAGUAUUAUAGGAGCUGGUCAGACACCGAGAAGAGACCUGACUUGCGUAUCAAAUGGAUCAGAGAGCUGUACAGUUACAUGACUCCUUAUGUCUCAAGCAAUCCAAGACAAGCAUAUGUGAACUACAGAGAUCUAGACCUGGGACAGAACAACAACUUAAAGACAAGCUUCAAACAAGCUCAGGUAUGGGGAGCAAAGUAUUUCAAAGACAAUUUCAAUAGAUUGGUGAAGAUUAAAACAAAGGUUGAUCCAGAGAACUUCUUCAGACACGAACAAAGCAUCCCACCUCUUUAAACAUGUAUGAUUAUACAGCAAACUCGAAUAAAUCGAACUAUGUUUCUUCUUUUUUUUGGUAAAUUGU